GCUCCUCUUAAUUUACGCUUCAUUUAUGCGCUUUUCGUUUUACUUUGUUCCAGGCAUCAGCCAUUUCACUCUUUCAUCGAAGCAGCGUUUCCUGCAACACCAAUCGAUCGCCUCUUACGACGCCUUUCAAGCCAGUGAUGUGACGAUAUGGUUUGUCGAAAGCUCGAAUGAAACAAAUUUAAAGGGCCGUCAGGCAUGUUCGAUUGAGUCGGCGUCCUUGCACAAUCCGAACGUGCGCGUCCUUUUGCUGACAACCGGCCACUUGUCGCCAAACUGCGAGUUCUAUAAAGCGUUGUCAUCACUAAGAAAUUUCGCUAGCUUAAAACUUAAUUUGACCGAUACGUUCAGUGACACCCCCCUAGAUUCAUGGCACAGGUCUCGCAACUGGACCAAAGGGCUGUACGGAAUAGAAGACCUAAGUGACGGCAUCAGGUUAGCGGUCUUGUGGAAGCAUGGUGGCAUCUACCUGGACCUCGACAUUAUCGUGCUUAAGGAGUUGUCGGAAUUAAGCAACAGCGUGAUGUUCGAAGUCACCGGCCAACUCACGAACAGCGUGCUAUGCUUUGACAAAGCCCAUCCUUUCAUCGGUGAAGCGCUGAAGAGAUGUUCUGAGGAGUACGACACUGUUCGGUGGGGCAGCUGCGGUCCGUCUCUGUUGGGACGCAUCUACCACUCCUGGCGCAACGCAAGGAAGGUGGUCAGAUUUAGGGAACGUGACACCUUUUUUGCAGUUGGAUACGACACGUGGAUGUCAUUCUUCGAGCCGAGCAAGACUGGUUGGGUGUUCGAGACUGUAUCAAAUAGUUAUGGCGUUCACCUGUGGAACAAGUUGAGUCAUGGUGUCAGAGUCGUCGUUGGAUCUGGAUCGGCGCUUGAUGUUUUGGCCAGGUUCAACUGUCCUACUGUAUACAAAGUAAUAAAAUCAAAGCAAUUUUUUUGAUGUUGAACCUAGA